AUGUUAACAUUUGAACGCCUCGUCACUGAGUACGAGCGCGUGAGCCCCCAGAAGUACCCGGACGAUUUAAAGAUCUCCACGCUCUUGUCUGGUUUGCCGUCAGAUGUCCGUCGUUAUCUUCAACUUCAAAUCACCGACGCUACGAAGUAUGAGCAGUUAAGAGACAUCAUGCUGACCUUCGAAAGAUCCUCUUCGAGUUGGUGCUCGGAGCAAGUUCUGAAGGCCAUCGGUGCAGACUCCAGUGGUCCCAUGGACGGCCCUAAGGGCAAGCCUGUUCAAGAAGAUGACACGUCUUCGACAGUAAGACGAGUUCUGGUGUACGACUUGGAUGACAUCGACGAAGAGACUGGUGAUUCGGAGGCUUGGCGCUUGGAUCAGGUCCGUCGGCUUGAAGAAGUAGGCUGUGAGAGUGAGGGUGAAGAUUUUGAGCUUCCUUCGUCAAGUUGUUUGUGGUUUCAGCUAGAUCAAGAUGAUGCAGAAGAUGAGCGCGAGUAUUGUCGUGCAGUACGCGGUAGCAGUGCGAGCCAGCAUCAUGAGAAUCAGCCCGUAGAAGUGAUCCUCGAUUCCGGUGCCGACUGCACGGUGCUUCCUGCUGAGAUCUACGGAGCAGUAGGCUCUCCGAGCCUGCAAGGAAACAUGAGUGUCCUGUUGGACGCACAAGGAAAUCGCAUUGCUGGGGGUGAGGAGCGCGUUCAAGUGUGCUUCCAGAUUCAUGAUGAGGAUGGUACGAUCAUUGAGUUCAAAGACCGCGUAGUGCUAGCACAUGUGCAACAACCACUGUUUUGCCUCGGAAAGCUCAUGAAGAGACAGUGGGUUCCAGAGUGUGAUGAGUUUGGUAGGUGGACAAUGCGUCGAGGUGAAGCUCGUUUUCCUUUGCAUUGGUCUCGCAACAGCCUAGCCACGUACAUGACCAUUUCGCGUGUAGCACAUGAAGUUCCUCAGACCCCUCAUGAGCUUCCAGGCCCCAGCCUUCCAGAGCAGCCUCGAGUGCAGAUGAUUGUGGAAAUUCCAGAUGAGUUGGAGCUUCAUGCACGUGAACCGGGUUGGAGUAUGGAUUCUAGUGGUCGUUUGGUUCAUUUCGGGCUCAACGUCGACAAAACGUUCGAUGCAUCCCUGCAGUUCAGUCCUGACGUGAUCACUGUUUUGUCGAAAGCCCCUCUAGAUCCUGAAGAGCUUGGCAAGCCUGUUUCGGGAGCCCCUCCACGCAGAGUUGAGCCUCGUGUCGAAGAUGUUGUGGAUGAAGAUGCGAUGGAGGUGGAUCGUGGUGCUGAUGAUCGCGGUGAUGAUGCUCGUGAUCGCCCCGAAGGCCCUAUGCUUGGACCCCACGCAGUAGAAGUAGAAGGACCUGAACAAGAAGCCCUCGUCAUCAACGGCACACGCCUAACCGAGACGAGCCCACUUCGAGAACUUCGCAUGGCGUGCGUCUGGAUGGGCAUCUCCAAGAACGGGUCCAAAGCUGCAGUGUGGAGUCGUCUUAAGCGUGAGGUUGCAUUAGCCAAGUUGAAGGUGAGUGUUGAAGCAUCGGAAGCCGUGAAAGCUGAGUAUUCUCGUGAGCCACUUGUGCCAUCUCUUGCAGAGCGACCGAGUGAAGAUUUGGUGUUGCUUCAUGAAACCACGCACAUUCCGCGCGCACCAUGGUGUGAGGCAUGCCUUGCUUCGAGGAGCCGGGAGGAUAACUACAGUGACGCGUUGCCUACUCGCGAAUAUCCGAUCUUGUCCAUAGAUUACAUGUUCACAAGCACAGAAGGUGAAGGGCAACCAUUGGCGACACACUUGAUCAUCGUUGACUCCCAAACCAAGUACACCCAAGCUAUAGCUAUCGAUGGAAAGGGCGCUAGAAGCUUGAAGCACUGUGUAGAGGAGAUCGUGAGAAUGGCGAACACCUUGGGGUACACCCGCAUUGGCCUAAGGUAUGACACAGAACCUGCAAUGAAGCAGUUGGCGGCCUACGUGGUUGCCACUCGUCUUAAGGCUGGUUUGGCGACUGAAGAGGAGCCGGUGGCCCCUGUGUACAUCAAGCCCGAAGUGUUCGACUUUCUCCCAAAAGGACCUGGGCCAGAUGAAGCUGCAUCAGAUCCACCUUCGACGCCGGCUGGAGCUGGCGCUGGCGCAAGCAACAUUGGCUCGGAUGCAGACAUGAGCCUUCCUGGUGAGAGUCGUAGCUCGAGCGCCAUGUCAAGUGAUCAGUCGUCGGAGUUGCGUGCUGAUGUAGGAGUGCCGGGAGUGAAUAGAGUAGAGCUUGAAGCAGAGAUGCCAACUGGUCAUGAUGAUCGUGAGGGUUUCAGUGAAGCCGAUGGUGAUCCUCUAGAAGCCGGUCUUGAAGUAGAUUGGCGAGUGGAAGAGUGUGAAGACGAAGCUCAGCCGGAUGUUCAGCUUGAUUAUGAUUUCAGUAAGGAAUGGAGUGAUCGGAAAUAUGAAGAUGGGCCUCCUCAUCUUCCAGAUGACAAGAUGGAGCUGCUGGACGCAGCUAUGGACAAAGUAGAGUUGAGUCGUCUUGUCAAGAUGGGGGUUUUGAAACGGUUGAGUGAGAACGAUGACGUGAGUGGCAUGAUGAACCUCCAGAGCAAGUUUGUUCGAGAUUGGCGUUUCCGUGCCAACGAGGCGGGAACGAAAUGGACUUGGGUGAGGGCUGGCGCCCGUGACUUCUACGACAAACUGGCUAAGGUGAUGAGGGAUGACGAGAUGGACAGUUUCAAGGCUGCACCAGCUUUGUUCAUCGAGCCGAAGACGAUUGCGGUUUCCACACAUGUUGAUGAUUUCGAGAUCCUUAGCACAGAUGAGAGAGUGGAGAGGUUGAAGAACAAGUUGAAGGCGGCCGGGUUGAACUUUUCAUUGGAGGGCCCAUGUACUGUUGAAGGGGGAGAAUGCCACUUCCUCAAGCGCAAAUUCACUGGCACGGGUGAGGGGAUUCUUGUGAGCCAGUCGGGGAAACACAUACAAAAGCUUGUCGAGCUUGUGGGUGUUCAGAAGGCAGCGGGCAAACAAACACCAUGCCCCUUGAAUCCGAAUGACGUGAAAGAUGAAACACCAUUGGAUGAAGCCCGGCAUGCAAUCUAUCGCACUGCAGUGGGAGUGCUGCUUUAUCUAGGGCAGGAUCGUCCAGAGUGCUUGUACGCCAUCAAAGUUUUGAGUGGAAAGUGCACAUGCCCAACGGAGCAUGAGUGGAGUCUUUUGCGCCACUUGGUGAAGUUCUUGAAGGCGCAUCCCGAUCAAGGAGAGAGAGAUCGGAAAUCCAUCAGUGCCAUGUGCAUUUAUGUGAACGGGAACAACAUGCACAGCUCAUCAAAGACCCGAAAGGCUACCGAGGAGCCGCAUAUGACAAAGGCGUUGUUCAAGGUUUGGUUGUGGACGGUUAUGCUUCUAAUCUUCUUCGGCACCACCGAGAAAGCGAUCAAGGACAAGUUGAAGGGGGACAGCGCCGUGAACAUCAACAUCAUCGCGGACACCAUCGAGGACUACAUCAUCAAGAGGACGAUUGUGGACCCCAUCAUCGUGGAGAAGAG